AUGAAAAGGCAAGGAAAACAUGCUAUUCAGAUAGAUUGGAUCGCAGCGUGCCUUUACUCUCCUAAACUCGAUUACCUCAAGAUACUUAAGAUUGGAUUUAGAUACGUAGUAUCAUUAUCUGUUACUGAACUAGAAUGGUGUAGCGCGAGAUUUUUGGAACGUGGCGUUAAUAUAAGUAUCAUUUCGAUUAAGUUGCUCGGCUGGGACGAGAGAAAAGUUGUGUAUAUUUUUCUGUAUAAGAACGCGUUACCGCACAACCAGCCGCCAUCGUUGGAGUUACUCAGUGUUAGGCAAGUAUUUCAUUUGAGCGAGAGAGUCACACCACACCAAAUCGCAUCAUGUCAUAUAAGAAUUUUUGUCCUAGUUGCUUCAACUCAGCCAAUAGCGUCGCUCAACGUGACCUUCGCGCUAUUUUUGCCAGCCAAUCAGAAGAGUGUUUAUAAGAAAUAUCUGAGGGGAAGUUUCAAAAUGUCAAAACUCAGUUUCGUGAGGCACAAUAUAUGUUUCGUAUGCAGUUUAUCCUGCGUGUGGUUUCAUUUGUAA